GGCUACCGGCUAGCAGCCUGCCCCCAACUAGUACUCUUCACUCUCUUUGAAUGCUUCUUUGAGUUGUUGUUGCUGCCCACUGGAUUCCUCCGAUGGCGAAUCCGAAACCCAGCACCAAACCCGAACCGGAAUCCAAGUCCCACUCCCGUACUGUUCUCAAGCUCCUUGCAGAGUUCAACCCUUUAGAUUCCAAUUCCUCUCAAAUUCGAUCUCUCGCAAUCUCCACGCUUUCCGAUUCCCAAGCCUUAAUCUACCUUGGCACCACUUCGGGCUCUCUGCUCUCGCUAUCUGUAAACCCUAAUUCUCCCAGCACCUCCUCGGCUCUAGUUUGUCACAGCCAAGUCACUGUCGGUGCCGGCCCUGUAAAUUCAAUUCACGUCCUCGAUGAUAUCGGUAAAAUAAUUGUAGUGUCCGAUGGAUUUCUUUACUUAGUUGAUUUGCUUUUGCUUGACCCGAUUAAGAAACUCAGUCUGAUCAAGGGGGUUACUGCUCUAACUCGGAGAUUUCGAAGUAGUAGGAUCAGUACUGGUAGCGACAAUGUUGUACAGCGGCUAAAUGGGAUGAAACUGAAAGAAGACGGGUGUUUCUUUGCGGUUGCUGUUGGGAAGAAAUUAGUGCUAGUUGAGUUGGUUUUCAGUGGAUCUUUAGUGAUCCUGAAGGAAUUUCCGGGUGUUUCUGAGGGAAUUAUUAGUUUAGCUUGGGUGGAUGAUUCUAUAAUUUUUGGCACGAGAAAUGGAUAUUAUUUAUAUUCUUGUUCAACUGGGCAGAGUGGGUUGUUAUUUUCGCUGCCUGAUUUGUCCGGGCCACCGCUGACGAAAAUACUGUGUAAGGAAUGGAAGGUUAUGCUAAUGAUGGAUAAUGUUGGUGUUAUUGUGGAUGCUGAAGGUCAGCCGGUAGGUGGCAGCUUGGUAUUUCGUGAAGCCCCAGAUUCAAUAGGAGAGCUAGGGUCGUGUGUUGUCGUGAUGAGGAAUGGGAAGGUGGAACUGUUUCACAGAAAAUCUGGAAACUGUGUGCAGCGGGUUCCAUUUGCUGGUGAAGUAGGUAAUAAGUGUAUUGUGGCAGAUGAAGGGAAUGACAGAGGAAAACUUGUUGCUUUGGCAACAGGCUCCAAGGUCAUCUGUUACCAGAAGGUGCCACCAGAAGAUCAAAUUAAGGAUCUUCUGCGCAAGAAAAAUGUUGGUGAAGCUGUCUCUUUGAUUGACGAGCUCUGGAGUGAAGGUGAAAUUACAAAGGAUAUGCUAUCCUUUGUCCAUGCUCAAGUGGGAUUCCUUUUGCUGUUUGACUUACAUUUUGCGGAAGCAGUUGAUCACUUCUUGCUUUCAGAAACUAUGCAACCAUCUGAACUCUUCCCAUUUAUCAUGCGGGAGCCAAAUCGUUGGUCACUGCUGGUUCCAAGGAAUCGAUAUUGGGGUUUGCAUCCUCCUCCUGCACCUCUUGAAAAGGUUAUUGAUGAUGGAUUAAUGGCUGCUCAAAGAGCUAUUUUUCUAAAGAAGGCAGGUGUUGAGAGUGCAGUUGAUGACAAGUUUCUCUUGAACCCUCCCAGUAGAGCUGAUUUGCUGGAGGUUGCAGUUAAAAACAUGACCAGGUAUUUGGAAGUUUCCCGGUUUAAAGAUUUGACUCUGCCAGUAAAAGAGGGAGUCGACACCCUUUUGAUGUAUCUCUAUAGAGCUCUUAAUCGUAUUGAUGACAUGGAAAAACUUGCAUCUUCAGAUAACAACUGCGUAGUGGAGGAGUUGGAGUCAUUAUUGAACGAAUCUGGGCAUCUAAGGACACUUGCUUUUUUGUAUGCCAGCAAGGGGUUGAGCUCUAAAGCUCUUGCCAUCUGGCGCAUAUUGGCUAGAAAUUCCAGCAACAUGAAAGAACCUGCUGUGGUAAAUGAUCUACAAGACAAUUCCAAGAGUGUUGAUUCUGAUCAAGAGACUGCUGUUGUUGAGGCCUCAAAGAUUCUUGAGGAGUCAUCUGAUCAAGAUUUGGUAUUGCAACAUCUAGGAUGGAUUUCAGAUAUCAACCAAGUAUUGGCAGUUCAAGUCCUCAUAUCAGAGAAAAGAAUGGAUCUCUUCUCACCUGAUGACGUAAUAGCUGCAAUUGAUCCAAAAAAAGUGGAAAUUCUUCUUCGAUAUCUCCAGUGGCUAAUUGAAGAUAAGGAGUUGGACGACACUCAGUUUCAUACAACAUAUGCUCUCUUGCUUGCAAAGUCAGCUCUUGAUGCUUUUGAAAUAGAACAUUUGUCAGAGAAUUCAAUCUUUGAUAGCCAUGUCAGAGAGAGGCUACAGAUCUUUUUACAAUCAUCUGACUUGUAUGACGCAGAAGAGGUCCUUGACUUAAUUGAAGGUUCUGAGUUAUGGAUGGAGAAGGCUAUUCUUUACCGGAAGCUUGGUCAGGAAGCACUAGUCCUCCAAAUUUUGGCAUUAAAGCUAGAGGACUGUGAAGCUGCAGAACAGUAUUGUGCCGAGAUUGGUAGACCAGAUGCAUAUAUGCAGUUGCUUGAUAUGUAUUUGGAUCCCAUGAAUGGCAAAGAGCCCAUGUUUGCAGCUGCUGUUCGCCUUCUACACAACCAUGGAGAAAUGCUGGACCCAUUACAAGUCUUGGAGAGGUUGUCACCUGAUAUGCCUCUUCAACUUGCUUCAGAGACAAUGUUAAGAAUGUUGAGAGCACGGCUCCAUCAUCAUCAUCAAGGCCAAAUCGUACAUAAUCUAUCUCGUGCUUUGGAAGUUGAUGCAAGCUUGGCAAGAUUGGAGGAAAGAUCACGGCAUGUUCUGAUCAAUGAUGAAUCUGUAUGUGAUUCUUGCCAUGCUCGUCUUGGAACCAAACUAUUUGCUAUGUACCCAGAUGACACAAUUGUUUGCUACAAGUGCUUUCGUCGCCAAGGUGAGUCCACUUCAGUUACAGGUCGCAAUUUUAAGAAAGAUAGUUUAUACAAACCUGGUUGGUUGGUGACGCGGUAACAGCACUAUUCCACCAUUGGGAUCUCCCUAUUACCCUCUUUGGCUGUUUUUCCAACCAGAUGGUCAGAGAAUCAGAUGGUAAACAGUGUUUCUUGCGAGAACUCAGAACAAAUUCAUUGCCCAUGAACCCGGGUCACACAAUUAUGUGGAAUGUACUGUAUUUAAAAACGAGUCUAUGGUUGCCGGAUGGUAGAGCACUUGGGGUUCUUUUGUGCAAAACUUGAGAGGAGAGAUUGUUGUACAUUGAGUAGUGUUUUUGGUAAAGAUGUUUGUUUUAAUAAUCUUAUAGUGGUUGAUUGAUGAUGUAUGAAAUUAGAUAGCGAUGUCAGAUUGUGUUACAAUGUAACUGGAAAUGGAAAUUAUAUGCAUUGUUAGAAUGCGUUUUUCUGACUGAAA